AUGGCAGGACUACGUCGCUCAACAAGAUUAUCAAGUAAAGAGGAUACAUUGAAGAACAGACCUGAGGAAAAUGAAUCAACUCAACCACCAAAGAAGAAGUCCAAGAAGUCUGAUGACAAUGAAUCACUAGGUGAAGAAGAAGGAGACGAAGAAGAAGAAUCAGAAGGCGAUUCCGAUUUCAAGGAGCAGGAAGGUGAAGGUGAAGGUGAAGGUGAAGGUAAAGAGGAAGAGGAAGAGGAAGAAGAGGAGGAGGAACCAGAAGAAGCAAAGGAGUUAGAGGAAGGUGAUCCAAUUCCUGAUAUUCUUUUAAAGAAUCAAGAUGGUAAGGAAAUUUCUUUGAAAAAAGUGUCAGACGAACAUAAGAUUGUGGUAAUCUUUGGAUAUCCCAAAGCAAGUACACCAGGUUGUACACGUCAAGCCUGUGGAUUCCGUGAUAAUUACGAGGAUAUAAAGGAACAUGCAGCCGUAUUUGGUCUAAGUGCUGAUACUGUUAACGCUCAAAAGAAAUUCCAAGAGAAACAACAUUUACCUUUUGACCUAUUAAGUGAUCCUGAACGCCAUUUAGUUGGUCUAUUAGGAGCAAAGAAGUCACCAGAAUCUGGUAUUAUAAGAUCGCAUUGGGUCUUUGCAGAUGGUGUUCUCAAACAUAAGAGAGUUAAGAUUUCUCCAGAAGUCAGUAUUGAAGAAGGUAAAAAGGAAGUAUUAGAGUUGGUUAAACAAUUCGAAGAUGAAGGAGAGAAGAAAGAGGAAAAGGGAGACGAUGAGAAAAAAGAAGAGGAGGAAGAAGACGAUAAGAAGGAAGAGGACAAUUGA